GAUCUGUGUUAUGAAAUGGCUACCUUCAAUUAAACCCGAUUUCACCAACGUUUUUCAAUUAUAGAAAAGAAUUCUUAAUGAGACACUGGUAGCGUCUUGCAAAACAUGCACCAUGCCGACGAACGUAGAACUUAUUCCGUAGUAUAUGAGCAAAAGAAUACAGUCGCAGUUGUUGGAGACCAUAGUUGGAGACCCAAGGAAAAAUGUCGUCUGUCUUGGCUAAGGAUGAAAAGAAAUCUGCCUACGUUGAUAAUCAUGAAAAGCUUUCUUUCAAAGUGUAUAAUUAUCUUCAUCUCACAACAUUUGUUUUAAGCCAUUAUGUGUCGCCGUCAGUUUUGCUCCCUGUCAUAUUCAGUUUAUUGCCCAAUUAUGGUUUCCCGCGGAAGUGUUCCUUCUUACGACGAAUUACAAAUCUUGGGAUACAUGGCGAGGCAUUGCGAAACAUGACAUAUACGUAGUGAGACAUAGUAUUUAUGCCCCCCCCCCAUUUGAGGGGCAACUUCGCGCAGCUAUUUUAGGGUUAUAUUCGUA